AUUCGCAUCCCGGAAGUUCAGUUGGCAAAAUGGCGACGCGCAUCGCAAGCAUGAGAUUCUUGUACCCAUUAUUUCAACCAGCUUUGACAUUGCGAUGCAAUGCCGUUAAUAUCAAACGAAAUGUACGUAGACGCACAUCUGUAUCUGGAUUAAUUUCAGUUAAUGAGUCGAUAGAAAAUUUAAAACAAGUCGUCAGUCAAACCAACGAACAUUCAUUAAAAGACAACAUUUUCAGAAACUCUGAAAAAGCGAGCAUUCAACGACCCGAGAUUGCAACAAAUGUCAGUCAAAGUGACAACAACUCGCAUUCAGUUCAGUUCUCACAAUUACGUCGGGAAAAGGCAAUUAAUGAAGACUGCCAUGGCCAUGUCGCUGCUCAAUCCACCACACUCUCCCGUUUCAGAGAAGUUGAUGGUUUGCUGUAUGAGAAAGCACAGCCUGGUGACAAAUGUUUGACGAAGUUGGUCAACAUAGCUCGAUCUAAGAAGCUUCGUGAGCAGCAAGGUAAAGUUGUUCUGGAGGGAAAGCGCCUUGUAUGCAGUGCUCUAGAUGCAGGGGCUAUAGCACAAACUGUUUAUUUCAGUUCUGUGGAUGCACUGCGAGAGCUGCCCCCAGAUAAACUCCGAUUUACUAGCAUUGUGAAAGUUAUGAUGGAAGAUCCUAAAAUCUGGUCUGAUCUUGACAUCUCACAAGACAUAAUAGCCAUAUUCAAACGGCCUGAGGCUUCCCAUUUAACAUUCUCACAAGAAAAGUAUGGCAAGCCUGUGCCUCUGACAUUGAUUUGUGACAACAUGAGGGACCCAGGAAACCUGGGGGCAGUGUUACGCUCCGCCGCUGCCGCAGGGUGCCAUAGUGUACUGCUGACUAAAGGAUGUGUGGAUGUUUGGGACCCCAAAGUUCUUAGGGCAGCCAUGGGCGCUCAUUUCCGUCUCCCUAUAAUCCCAAGCAUAACAUGGAACGAGAUUCCAAGUCACCUGCCUAAAACAGCAACCAUUCACGUAGCCGACAACUCCAGCACCACCAUAACUGAAGAUGACCAUACCGUAACCUCUAAAAAACAAAAAAAGCCAUCUGAUUACGGUUGGGUCAGAGGCCAUCACCCAAGGAAGGUGGAAUAUGAGGAUGACGAUUUGUCUGGUUUUGCGGAUUAUGAUAGUCGCAAAUCCCUUGAGACUCAGUAUUAUUACAUUGACUGGGUUGCUAGGCACACAUGCCUCAUAAUUGGUGGAGAAACGCACGGUCUGAGCCGGGAGGCUUUGCAGUUGGCUGAGAGGACUGGAGGACGGAGAUUACUGAUCCCCAUGGUGCACGGUGUGGACAGCCUGAACUCUGCCAUGGCUGCAAGUAUUUUGCUCUUUGAAGGAAGGAAGCAGCUGCUGUCUCUGGCUGAGAAGAUAAGAAUUUGACAGAGACCACAGCCUCGUGAAAUAAAGACGUUAAUGCCAGUGCCGUGCAAUCCUUACAUAAUUGUUAUGUAAUAUGAACGCAUCAAGUAUGCUUUUCUGUGAUAUUAAAAUAUUUGUAUGCAAA